AUGUCAACGACGAACCGCUUAAACGUGGUCCCAACGGUCACGGUCCUCGCCGUGGUCAAAAACCGCCUCAUCGGCGCCCAACGCGGGUAUAAACUGCUCAAGAAAAAAGCCGACGCCUUGUCUCUCCGCUAUCGACAAAUCCUAAAGAAGAUCGUCCAAACGAAACUCUCCAUGGGCGAGAACAUGAAAUCCGCGUCGUUCGCGUGGACGGAAGCGAAAUACGUCGGUGGAGAUGGGAUUAAACACACGGUUUUAGAUUCCGUGGAUGGGAAAGCGGAGAUUCGAGUGCGAGCGUACGCGGAUAACGUCGCUGGGGUGAAGAUUCCGAAGUUUAACGCCUGCGGGAGUGGGAGCUUGAUAGGAGCGAGCGGAGGAGGAUCGGGCGAAACAGGAACGACGACGGCGACGACGGAGAGUAAGAGCGAAUUGACCGGGUUAGGAAGAGGCGGGAAACAGAUUCAAAAGUGUAAAAAAGCGUACAAAGAGGCGUUGCAAACGCUCGUGGAACUCGCGAGUUUACAGACGGCGUUUUUAACGCUCGAUCAGGCGAUUAAAACGACCAACAGACGCGUAAACGCGUUGGAGAACGUAGUCACGCCGAGGUUGGAGAAUACGGUGAGUUACAUUAAAGGGGAGUUGGACGAGUUGGAGAGAGAGGAAUUUUUUCGGUUGAAGAAAGUGCAAGCGAAGAAGAAGAAAGACGCGAAGGAGAGAGAGGAGAAGGAGGAAUCGCUGAGUAAAGGAGAAGGGGUGGUCAAAGGCGAAGGCGGGAGCGGCGCCGGUCCGGUUGGGAAUUUGAUCGAUUUCGCCAACGAAAAGGACGAGGAUUUGUUGUUUUAG